AAACGUUGUAAUUUCCCUUACGAUGUAUGCGACCGAUUCGAAAAAUACUGCAGUGUGUUAAUUUUUCGUUGUUAUUCAACACUAAAAUAUCGAUAAACUGACGUAGCCCUAGAUUGCGGCGUCGUUUGAAAGCAACUGUAAACUAUUACCAAUACAAGCGUAAUGCCGAAAGGAGAGGCAUAAAAGAGACCUGAAUAACUAAGAAACAAUCAAUAAUUAAGUGAAAUUUGUCAUAUAGUGAUAUAUUGUGGACGUAAAGGACGUAUUGCUUGUUGCUGUGUUGAAUAGCGAUCAUGACGUUACCGCGUUCCGAGACGCCAUUGCGUCGUUCCGCGGUCGGUAGCCAUCGUGAGAGUAUGCUGCAGGAUCGGACGACCAUGGUAAACGACGAUGAGGCGGAACGUCGCGAGGCGAGACGCCGCACGCUGCUGUUGCAGCAAUCGCGACCCCGUGAUAGCAGCCUCCUAGAGUCCAUCGAGGAGAAUGAGACGAUUAAAAAGUGUUUGGAGAUAUACAAUUGCAAUAAGCUCAGUCGUGAGAAUGCUUGGAGUUUGUCGUUGAUCGAUACGUUGUCCAAUUUGCUGGAUCAUCACCAUAAAACGCUCAGCAACUUUAAGAUAGCGGGUUCAUCAUUGGAGGCCUCUUCAAAGGUGUAUGGCUUGCGCGUAGAUUCAAUAUAUUUGGAUGCGAUGCGUAUGUCAGCUGGCCUCAAUGCACGCACGCUCACUCAGCAGCAACUGAAUGCAGCUGCUGCCGAUGAUAACGAUGACAAUGGAAAUGUCGGCCAGGUUGAAGGUGGUGGUGACGCUGAUGGUGCUGAAGCAGCAACAGGACCGGCGCCAAAGGCAAAGAAGCGUCAACGCAAAGCAGGUUCCACGAUAACUAAGAAUAAGGAGACAUUGAAUGCGCGUUUGGAUACUGCGCCUUUGCAGGAUCCUGUAUUUGGCAAACUAAACUCUACAGUGGGCUCCAUAAAUGCCUCCAAUCGACUAAUGAACAACAUCUUGCCCACGAAGGACUCUGAACUCCGAUUGCGUACCAACUAUCGCUUCUGGCACAACCCAAAUGCGACCGAGCAGAUAGACGAUUAUACGUUAGUAAAUAAUGACGAUAAGAGCACACAAGCGAUAGUAGCCAGCGAGUGGGUUAAAAAGAUGCGACAUUACUAUCAGCAACAUCUGGUUCUGCGGCCGCUGCACACUGGUUAUAUUAUAAGCGAUGUGCCCAAUCCGAGCAAUGCUAACGAUCCGAUCGCAAUGCCGAUAAAAGUUGACGACGAUGGUAUAGAUAAUGCGGAUGAUUUCUAUGAGAAUCCACGUGAGCUUUCGAUGGCCUUUGACAUUAAUGCUGAGUGUGAGCCGAUGCCAGAUCUCAAUGCGUUGACAGCGGCAACCGUGUUGGAGAUGGACUACAAUGAAAUGGACGAGUUGACAACGGAGGAGCGAACAACGUUGCAGCAUUGCCGUGUCCUCCGAAAACAACCCGUGUUAAUUGAGGACUUGCGUCCGGUCGAUGGCAGCUCGAAGCUGGAGUAUUCAUAUCGGCCUAUGGAUCAGAUCUCUCAGUUCUGGGCGGGCCCAUCACAUUGGAAAUUCAAAAGAACACGCACAACCAAUACCUUUGCACAAAUCAAUUCACAAGAUAAUAUAGGAAGCAAAAACAGUAAUGCGGCUGCGGCACGAAUACGCCGUGCCGCCGCACAAGCAGCCAAGCGACGCAGCAAACAAAUCAACUUUGGCCACUGCACAGAGAGUCUAUUCAUAAAGCUGGAUGAGAACACAAAGUUGCGUAAGGCUAACUAUCAAAAGCGCUGGGAUCCGCGUAAAUUGCGUCUGCCCACAAAGUAUGACUUCGAUGCGAACUACUUUUAUAAAUAUGAUUAUGCGCCCAGCAUUAAGGUGAGCCGUCGUUUCGGAGUUCCGGAUGAUGAUGUUGAUAAUGAUGAAGAUGACAUGAAUCGGGAUAUGAAUGCUGUCGGUGACGAUGCUGGCGAUGAUAUUGACCUCUUUGAUAACGAUGACUUCCAACAAAAUUCGUCUCGUUUGCCCAAUGACAUGAAUGUGAGCAAUUUCCAAAACGCUGAUCCUGCAUUAGGAUCGUUCCUGCUGUCUGGUGAACCCAACACUUGUAAUAAUUUGUCUCAAGCGAAUGAUACGGUUCUUGAGAUAUCCACUGAGUUCCAAGGAGCACCCUCGCAGGUCACCAAGGUGAUUGUGCCGUUUGCAAAACGUGCCAAGGUGAUUGACAUGAAGAAUCUCAAGCGCAGCUGCAAUUCGCUCAUACAAAAACAAUUGCUGAGCACUGCCGAAAUGGAAGAGGACGAGAUGCCCGCACCUCCGAAAGGGAAGCAGGAGCAUUAUGCCAAAGGUAUGGCCACCUUUAAGGAGAUCUACAAACAGCUGCCCGCCAUGCUCACCGCCAAAAUGUCCGAUUCGCUGUCGCCCUCGGUGGCACUUUAUGCAGUGCUUCACUUGGCCAACGAUAUGAGAUUGCGGCUCAUACCACAGGAUGAUUUUGAGAACUUUACAAUUAGACAAAUAACGGACUAACACAUAUCCCAGUUGGCGACCAUUAGUUAUACAUA